GAGGGGAAAAAAAAAUGAAAGUUGUGUACUUCCUUGUUGCUAUCUUGGCUUUGGCAUCCUCUCUUGUCUCUGCCCAUGACCCUAGUCCUCUGCAAGAUUUUUGUGUGGCAACCAAAGAACGCGAUGGUGUAUAUGUGAAUGGAAAAUUCUGCAAAGAGCCUAAAGAUGUGAAAGCCGAAGAUUUCUACAAAGAAGUGGAGCCUGGGAAUCCUUCGAAUCAAUUGGGGUCAGCAGUGACUCCUGUGUUUGUUGAUCAACUACCAGGGCUAAACACACUUGGUUUAUCUUUGGCUCGCAUAGAUUAUGAAUCAAUGGGUUUAAACCCUCCACACAUUCACCCUCGAGCCACUGAAAUCAUUAUAGUCCUUGAGGGAAUUCUUCUUGUUGGAUUUGCGACUUCCAAUCAAGAUGGAAAUCGUCUCUUCAGCAAAAUGUUGAAGAAGGGUGAUGUGUUUGUGUCCCCUAUGGGUCUCAUUCAGUUCCAAUAUAAUCCCGGGAGGGGCCGUGCUGUUUCCAUUUCUGCUUUUAGCAGCCAAAAUCCAGGAACUGUCACUGUUGCAAAUGCUGUGUUUAGGUCUAAUCCACGUAUUUCAACCGACAUUCUCACCAAAUCUUUUCAAGUGGAUAAGAAAGUGAUUGAUGAGCUUCAGAAUCAAAACUAAUAUAAAUCUUGGGACAAUUACAACUAAGAUGGCUUUGUUUUUUUAAUCAUGUACCCUACGCAACUUACCUCCAAAUAAUUACUAUUAUACAAAAUAAAAUGUAUGGGGUAUAUGUUUAUUUUGUUUGGAUCUUGUUGGUUUGGUUGAUACGUUGUUUUUCUGUUUAGUAAAAGGGCCUUUACCUUUCUCUUGUUGGGAUAAAGGAUUUUAC